GGCUUCGGGCCGGACGCUCGCCUCGCGGCGGUUUCGGGGCCCGGGCUGGGAAGGGGCGGUGUCUGGGCCCUGCGUUUCCACCCUCCCUUUUGUUCCUUGAUCGAGGCUUGCUUUUCUGCUCGCUUCCCUGAUUUCUUCUUUCUCCAGCAAGAAAGAUGGCAUCUGUUGCAGCUGAACCACAACUGAGUGUAGUGACCAGGGUGGCCAACCUCCCCUUGGUGAGCUCCACGUAUGAUCUGGUGUCCUCGGCUUACCUCAGUACAAAGGAUCAGCAUCCUUACUUGAAGUCUCUGUGUGAGAUGGCAGAGAAGGGCAUGAAGACCAUCACUUCUGUGGCUGUGACCAGCGCGCUGCCAAUCAUCCAAAAGUUAGAGCCACAAAUUGCUGUUGCCAAUACCUAUGCCUGUAAGGGGCUAGACAGGAUUGAGGAGAAGCUGCCUAUUCUGAAUCAGCCAACAAAUCAGGUUGUGGCCAAUGCCAAAGGGGCUAUGACUGGGGCCAAAGAUGCUGUGACGACGACUGUGACGGGGGCCAAGGAUUCUGUGACCAGCACAAUCACUGGGGUGGUGGACAGGACCAAGGGAGCUGUGACUGGGAGUGUGGAGAAGACCAAGUCCGUGGUCAGUGGCAGCAUUAACACCGUCCUAGGAAGUCGGAUGAUGCAGCUGAUGAGCAGUGGAGUAGAAAAUGCACUCACCAAAUCGGAGCUGCUGGUCGACCAGUACCUCCCUCUUACUAAGGAUGAACUAGAAAAAGAAGCCAAAAAAGUGGAAGGAUUUGAUAUGGUUCAGAAGCCGAGUUACUAUGUUAGACUGGGAUCUCUGUCCACCAAGCUGCGCUCACGGGCCUACCAGCAGGCCCUCUGCAGGAUUGAAGAAGCUAAGCAAAGAGGCCAGGAGACCAUUUCUCAGCUCCAUUCCACCUUUAACCUGAUUGAACUUGCCAGGAAGAAUGUGCAUAAUGCCAACCAGAAGAUUCAGGAUGCUCAGGAUAAGCUCUAUCUGUCCUGGCUGGAGUGGAAGAGAAGCAUCAGCUACGAUGAUACAGAUGAAUCCCACUGUGCUGAGCACAUUGAAUCACGUACUCUUGCUAUUGCCCGGAACCUGACUCAGCAGCUCCAGACCACGUGCCACACCCUCCUGUCCAACAUCCAGGGGUUACCGCAGAACAUUCAAGAUCAGGCCAACCACUUGGGGGUGAUGGCUGGUGACAUCUACUCUGUGUUUCGCAAUGCUGCCUCCUUUAAAGAAGUGUCUGAUGGCCUCCUCGCUUCCAGCAAGGGGCAGCUGCAGAAAAUGAAGGAGUCUUUAGAUGAUGUGAUGGAUUAUCUUGUUAACAACACACCCCUCAACUGGCUGGUAGGUCCCUUUUAUCCGCAGGUGACCGAGUCUGAGAGUGCUCAGGCCCCAGGUACAGCCAGGAGGCCUGGCAGGCGGAGUAGAAAACACCCUAAACCUGUCCCUGUCAGCAAUGCACAGGGCAGCCAGCCAGAUGACAGCUCCUCUUGAGCUGACACACCUGCUAGACAGCUCUGAAGUAGGCAGGCAGCUAAUGAGGCAAAAAGGUCUCCACUUCAGUCAUUUCCAACUGGCAUAAGAGCUAUAAAGUUUCUGUAUUAGUGCAUAAGUUCUGUUACUUGAAAGAAAGUGAAAGUGAAGUCGCUCAGUCGUGUCCGACUCUUUGCGACCCCAUGGACUGUAGCCUGCCAGGCUCCUCCCUCCAUGGGAUUCUCCAGGCAAGAGUACUGGAGUGGGUUGCCGUUUCCUUCUCCAGGGGAUCUUCCUGACCCAGGGAUCGAACCCUGGUCUCCUGCAUUCCAGGCAGACACUUCAACCUCUGAGCCACCAGGGAAGUCUGUUACUUAAUUGGCUGAAAAGAAAAGAAUAAUAGAGUGGUCAGAGCCUGUCUAGAAGUCUCACAUGUUUCAGGGCGUUUAUGGCCUCAUUCUUUUGCUACUUACUGUUGCUGUCUGUACUGAAUAAAAACACCUUCCUGUAGGCUGCUGUAUGAAUUGGGGUCUGCUCUGAGCAGGCCUCAACUCUGGUUUGUCUCACAAUGCAUGCUUGUGUACCCUGGGUUUUCUAUUUUUUCAUAAAGA